AUGCCCGCCAAGAUCUGCACGCCCGCCGGUUCCUGGCGCCACACUGUGUCGCCUGAGGACGAAUCCCACGGUUUCAUGAAGCUCAAUCCUAGCGAGCAAUCCGUCGUUGAGGGUCCACCCCCAAGCGUUAGGCCACCCGGCGAAUCCCCCAUUCAUCGGUUGGCCCACUCUGCCCUGCAGGUCGGGACAAGGCUCUUGGUAUUCAUCACUGCCAUCAAGCACUUUCAAGACAAGAUGAGGCUCAUCGACAACGCUGCGCUCUUUGGAGCCCUACUCCUUGCUCGCUUUGGAAGCGCCCAGGAUUGUUACCGUCUGCCAAGCGAUGCCGACUGGCCAUCCGAUAACGCGUGGUCGACACUGAACUCGACCGUGAACGGGAAGCUCGUAGCCACUGUCCCAAUUGGCUCCCCGUGUCACGAUCCGACAUACGAUGCCGACGCUUGCGACGCAUUGAAGUCAUCAUGGCUCAACCCGCUGAUACACACCCCGUCUUCCCACUCGAUAAUGCAGUCGUACUUUGCCAAUCAGAGCUGCGAUCCAUUCUCCGAUAGGAGCAUCCCGUGCACUCUGGGCAACUACGUUUCGUACUCUGUCAAAGCUACCGAGGCUGAGGAUGUCGUCUCUGCUCUUGAGUUCGCCAAAGCUCAGAAAAUUCGUGUGGUUGUGCGGAACACUGGGCAUGAUUUCCUUGGAAGAUCUACCGGAGCCGGCGCUCUAGCCAUCUGGACCCAAAGUCUCAAGAACAUCGCCUUCGGCGACUGGUCCGAUGAGCACUACACUGGCCCGUCGGUCACCGUUGGCGCUGGAGUGAUGGGCAACGAGUUGCUCGAGGCAGUGCACAAGCAAGGCAUGAGUGUUGUGUCUGGUGAAUGCGCUACUGUCGGUCUAGCAGGAGGAUUUACCCAAGGUGGUGGACACUCGGUGCUCAGCACUGAGUUCGGGCUUGCUGCUGAUCAGACCUUGUCCUUCGAGGUCGUGACUGCUGAGGGCAAGAUGCUCACUGCUUCAGCAACCGAGAACGCCGACCUUUACUGGGCUCUCAGCGGAGGUGGUGGUGGCACAUAUGCUAUCGUCCUCUCAUUGACUGUACGAGCAUACCCAGCCAAGCAGGUUGGUGGUGCUGCUAUGCAGCUUCUCGCCUCGUCCACCACCCCCGAGAAGUACGCCGCAGCAACUGCCAAGCUGAUUGAGCUCUUGCCAGCGAUGAUCGACGCUGGUGCUAUGGUCGUCUUCUUGGUCAGCACUCAGUACAUUGUGAUCAAGCCCGUCACCGUCUGGGACUCAACAGCUGCCUACGUCAAGGACGUGGUGCUUGCGCCUUAUGCCAAAGCUCUUACAGAUCUCGGCAUCACGCCCCCAAUCGUCUACAGCGAGCUGUCUUACCGCGACCACUUCGAUCGCUACAUGGGCCCUCUCCCACGCGGCGCAUACGAAGUCAACCGAUACCAGUUUGGUGGCCGUCUCAUUCCCCGAACUGUGGUCGAGAACAAGACCGCCGACCUUGUCAAGGUCUACCAAGAGCUUGCCGCAGAAGGCGUCUUGCUUGCUGGUAGCUCAGCAAACUACAAGAAGCCCGCUGGAGUCGCCGACAAUGGCGUACUGCCCGCAUGGAGAGACGCCAUGAUCCAGCUGCAACUUAUCACAAACUGGGAUUCCACCGCUCCUUGGGCCACCAUGGAGGCAGCUCAGCAGAAGAUGACCAACGAGCUCAUGCCUAAGAUUGAAGCCAUUACUCCGGGCAGUGGCUCAUACCUUAAUGAGGCAGAUUUCCAGCAGCCGAACUGGAAGGAGACCUUCUUUGGCAAGAACUAUGACAAGCUGAAGGACAUCAAGAAGAAGUACGACCCUAAGGAUGUUCUCUACAUCCUCAAGGGUGUUGGUAGUGAGGCUUGGAAGGUCAGCAAAGACGGACGCAUGUGCCGUGCGUAG